AUGGGCGGCUCGUGCUGCAGGUGCCAGCACUUGGACGACCCGUUGCUGUCAUUGCCCCGCGUGUCAGCCUCCGCUAUGAGCGCCAACUACAACCAGUUCUACGUGCCUGCACCUCUGACUGCGUCGACUUCCGACUCUUCCUCCUCACUAGCUAACUACGUCGCCUUCCCCUUCCCAUUCGUCUCUAAACCCAAGACUGGCACCCGCAACACACGUAUUAAAAGCAGAAGCAAGAGUCACGACAAGAAAUCGCACAACAAACAAAACGGACAGCACACAAAAGCCAUUGCUCCUUACGUAGGUGAGCAUUGGCGUAAGACUCCAAGGGGUAGAUUCGCCCAUCUUUCUCUGUUGGAGCUCAGUGUACGCAGUCUUAGUGCCCAACUAUUAGUAGACCAUCAAGAUGCACUACGAGCUGGAGUUCUACCGCCUGAAUUGGCCCUGAGUGUGUUACAAUGGCUUAAACAGCACUAUGUGCUGGACAAACCGCAGUUCCAGGCUUUAACGCCGCUCUUAUUGCUAGAGUGGAACUUGGCAGACCACCAGGACGUAGAGGACUCGUGGUUCGAUGAUAUCCCAGAGAAAACGCUCGAAAGUGUGAAGAGUAUCGAUGUCUCGGGGUGUAUUCAUCUGCAGCAGCUGGGAUCCGAAUGGGGGCGACAUGUGAACAGACUGCCCGAGCUGCUAGUGGCGUCAUUCCAGGGAUGCACAGGACUGUCGAAGGAAACGAUCGAGAUGCUCAAGCUGUCGACGAAGUUGACGACGCUCAAUCUUUCUGGCUGUGCUAAUGUGGAUGACAAGUGCGUGAAGUCGCUUCGCCAGCUGGAACACCUGAAAUCGCUGCAACUGGUUGGCUGCCGCAGGUUGACGGAUAAAGGGGUCAAGCGACUUUUUAAGCUGACAAAACUGGAAAAACUGCGUCUAGGGCGCUGUAGAAAACUAACGGACGACGCGUUCGGUGGAUUUGUGGACUCGUUCCCGAAGCUGCGGGAGCUGGAUGUUUCAAAUUGUCGGUUGAGUGAGAGGGCGAUGCAACAUAUUGGACAGGUCAAGAGCUUGGAAGUCCUGGUGAUCCGUGGCUGUCAAGACAUUUCUGACGUCGGCAUGGCGUCGCUUGCUGAGCUGACGAAUCUCAAGUAUUUCGAUGCACGCCACUGUGGCAAGAUCCAUUCCAUCCCAACGGAGUGGACGCAGCUCGAGGUUCUCCUGCUUGGAUACACUGCUUUUGCUGAGUCAGAUGCAGCGGUCUUACAGUAUCUGACCAAGCUGCAAGAACUGGAGCUCCGCAAGUGUCGAAUUAUGAAGAGAGGAUUUCAAUUUAUUAGCCGACUAAAACACCUUGAACGCCUCGAGGUGGCAGAGACCGCCCUCACUGACUCUAGACUGCUGGAAAUCUGCAAUAAUGCGAUAAAUCUGAAGGCACUUAACGUUUCCAACACUGAGAUCAGCGAUAGCGGGACAACAGGACUGACUAAACUCAAGGAGCUGCGUAUUCUUGGCCUGGAUACGUCGGGCAUCACCAACAGAGCGUUGGCGAACUUGUCGUUUCUUCCGCAACUUGAAAGACUGGACCUGUUUGGCGCAAACAUCACAGAUAAUGGGCUCAUGCACCUCAUUCCAUUGCACAAACUCCAGGAAUUGGCGAUAUGUGGAGGCAACAUCGGUGACCGCGGGGUGGGACUCAUCUCGAAAUUGACGUCGCUGACGUCUCUAAAUCUGAGUCAAAACAGAAAUAUCCGGACCAAGUCUCUGUUUUAUCUGCGGUCGCUUACAAGUCUGCGAUGCCUGAAUCUGUCCAACACGGGGAUCUCGGCGCUCUCACUUCGUCAUCUAUCUCCAUUGAAGGAAUUACAGUCUUUGUCCGUCUACGGGUGCUCGUUGUCACAAGGCCACAUUGACGUCUUGAGAGAGAUCUUGCCCGAGUUGAAGUGUUUGCGGUGCUCCUGA